CAACCAAGACCGUAUUGUCUCAUGACAUUUGAAUCUCGCUACUCAGAUAGUAAGGGCUUUGUUCUUGGAUUGAAAAUCAGGUCUUUGUGGUAGAGGUGCCCCUCGAGCUUAUUUUUAAAAUAGAAGUGCAGGAAAUAAAACAAACUAAAACUAAACGAGAGAAACUAUAGGGAAGAUUGUUACAUAGGCAAACUCCCCCUAGAAUUUCGCUAGAUUUGUUCUAGAAUGAUAGGCAACAAAAAAUAUAGGUGAUUAGGGAGUUCACACUCCACUCACUAUGUUUAUUGUCCUACCAUCUACCAAUGGAUCCCUCCUCUAGAGAUGGACUAAAGAGAUACGUGGGUAAGCCAAUCUAGUCAUGUGUUGCCAAGAUGAUCCAUACCAUAUGUUGCCUACCAAAUCGUGUAUUGCAUUGGGUGUGCACUCAAUCAUAAGGGCUUCCUUGCUACAAUCCAUUCAUAUGAACACAUAUAAGAAUAUACGCAUAUGCAAUAAACAUAGAGAUGUGAAAAUGAAACAAUCGAAAUAUGUGUAUGUGUGUGUGCGUGUGUGUGUGUGUGUGUGUGAGAGAGAGAGAGAGAGAGAGAUCAAGAAUCAACUAUAACAUGAUCUAAAGAACCUCGCCAACCUACACAAUUAACUCUAGGAGAUACAUCAAUCGAAAAGAUGAGAUACCUACCAUUUGUAAAUGGUGACCUAACAAGGGAAAUGGCACCUAAUUAAGGUGCCAUUAUGGUUGUCAUUCUUCCCUCGAGCUUACGAUUGCUUCUGGUAUGUGGUGAGUUGCUCUAGAGGCCGAAUAACCCCAUGUAAAGACUGGUCUUCAAAUUCUGGUCGAGAUGAUCUAUGUAUACACCUUUUCAUAAGGCUUUCUUAGAGAUCUUCUAGGAAGGUAACCCCUUUGAUCUCAAAUCUUUGAAAUAUCUUCAACUUAAUGCUCCAUUAGGAAGGAAUAUAUGAUCAAACUAAACUGAAAUAAACCUUAUGGAGAAUGUGCCCAAGGCAUUUUUGGUCGACAAUUUAGGGGUUGUCAUUCUGAACUUUGAAUUCCAAUUCCAUUUCUGACGUCCAUCCUUCUAGUCCUAAUGUCUCUAGCUCGUACAAGGUAUUCCACUAGAGUCUCAUUACAGGAAAAAUGCACAAAAUACUAUCCAAAAGGUAUAAAAAUUGUGAAAACAUCCCUAGAGGAGAGGUAAACUCACCUUUGAGCAAUUAUCAAGAAAACCCAAGUCAAUAUGGAAGAAUAUAUGCUUAAGUCAUGUAAUACAUGCCAUGAAAUAUGGUUGUAAAAAUGUACAUUUUAUGUGUCAUUAAAUAACCCUAUACUUGAAAUUUGCUUGUCCUCAACUAAACCAUAAUCAAAAUCAUACAACUCACUUGACCUUUAUGAUGACACAUAACUUUGGAUCGUAGCCGUAGGUAGUGGAUCAUAAGAAACUUACAAGGUCAACUCUCGCACUUAGAGAACCAGACCACAUUAGUGAGCUACUGAUAACACAAUAUUUGCACAUGUUUUCCCCGACAUUUCUUGAUUGUUUAGCUUGAUAUUUGAUGAUUUCUUGGCCUAUUUUAUGCUAGAUUGUGCUUCUUUGUGUCAUUUCAGGUCCUAAUAGGUGAAUGAAGGCUUAGGAAUGAGUUUGGGAUGAUUGGACGAAGUUGGGACGUUCUACAUGAGCAGAGGAGGUCUGCACGGCCUGGACCAUCCUGCACGACCGCGCAAGGUGGAUCGUGCAAGGACAAUGGCACGGUCAAGGGUUCACGGGAUGUGCAAUUCGACCCUCGACCAUGCAGAGUGGCCAUAGAUUUGGCACGAGCAAAGCCCGGUUAUGCACGUUCGUGCCAUGACCGUGCACGAGCGCUUAAAGAAUCCUAAUGAAAUGGCACGUUUUGACCUGCACGGCAGAAUGAUGGAGUUUCACGGUCGAACACCAACCGUGCAAUCGAGCAUUUGUUGGUUCUAAAUCCAAUUUCGGGUGUUUGGGAAGAUAACUGACUUUUUAGAGCAAAAACAUAGUUCUAGAGAGAGAUAGUAACGAAGAACACGACCUAGGAGCUAUCUUGAGCUGAUUUCUCACCAUUGAAGCCUGGAUUUGUCCCAAGGAGUGAAGAUUGACAUUCCAAAGAUGAUUAUACACAUCUCCAUGAGUAUGGUUGCUUUUUAUUUGGUUUUCCUCUCUCUCUCUCUCUCUCUCUCUCUAUAUAUAUAUAUAUAUAUAUAUAUAUAUAUAUAUAUGGAGUAAACCUCCUUGUCACUUGGAUAUGAAGAACCCUAGUUCCAUAUGUUAGGGAUCUGUUUGUAAUGACCUUUGGAUGCUACACUGGUUGGUUUUAAUCAAUUGACACAUGAUUUGUUGAAUCAAUUGGAUCUUGAUCACAUUCUCUUGAUUUAUGCUUUGACCUAUGAUAGAUAGAAUUUGAUUAGGUUAACAGAGCUUCUUCGAUUGUUAGUAGUGAAUUGAUUGUACGAGAGUCAGACAAUUUACUACUUUGUACUGGAAUUUAUUCCAGUAGUGGAGAUCUUUAAGUAUUGCCUAAAAUUUUAUUCUGGUGAAGGUUAGUCGCCUGUUGGGUGUUUUGGCUAAGAGGGCUUGGUCGGCUUAAGAGAUUCCAAGCUAUUUUCGAAUUUUCCGCAGUUUAAUCAAUAUUAAAACAACAAAAGGAAAAUACAACUUGGACCUAAUUGAGGAGCUAGGAGGACGUAUGCCCGAGUGACUCUUCUGGUUUUGAAAACCGAACAAUUUACUUGCUUUCCUUGUUCUUUACUCUAUGCAUUUUCACUAUAAUUUGACUGCUAAUAGACAUUCACGGAGUAGACAGUAUAGCUAGGACCCAGGUUGAUAAUUUAAACCACACCCACUUUACUGUAGUCUUCCGUAUUGGUUAUACUAGGUCAUUGUGGAAAUGUUGUGUUUUUGUGAGUCAACUACGUACAUAUCUCGUAAGAACAAUCUGACCUACUUACACCAAUCAUGAAUAAUCAACUAAGCACGAGAGUCCAAUACGCAUAGUGAAGUCUUUUGCAAACUUUUUUUUCGAAUUUAAGAACAUCUCUACAUUUGUAUGAUAAUUAACUAUAGUUUUUCCCUCUUUUUAUUUUGCUUGCCAAGUUGUCAUAUUUAGUACAAGGGGUUUUUGUUUCUUACUACUAGUGAUUGAGUAAGAGCAAUUUAUGUGUUUUAGCACUCGCAUAAGGACUUCAUUAACUUCUUAUCCUUGAUCCUUAUGGAAAUCCCAGUCAUAGACUUAGUAUGAAAUUGGUACUUCAUUCAACAUGGAUUGUACUAAGCAAACAACUUCAUACACUCGUGAAUCGAGUUUUAAUCGGAUAUUUUUUUUAUCUCUUAUGCAGUGAAUGAUUGCCUCACACUUUACCAUACCCUACACUUCCUUAUUUGUUAAUAGACACUUUUCUUAUAUUUGAUUGUUGCUGCUUACAGAUUGAAUUGUGAGAAUCACAUAUUGUCCUAGUAUGAUAAAAAGAGGGUUAACUUUUGAAUUUGAUCUCUUCUCAUAUAAUCUCUCAUCGCCAUAAUUUUGUUAUGGUUGAUGGUGAUCAAGUAAUUAUAUAAAUCCAAAUAGAUAUU